GCGAAAAUGGCAAAUGAUAAAAUCCCAACUAAAAAUUGUAAAGUUAAUGCGAAUGUAAACAGCGCUGAUAUUUCUGAGGAACAACGGCGUAUCUGGGUUGGUAAUCUUGAUUCACGCAUUACCGAGUUUCAACUUCUCAAACUAAUGCAAAAAUGCGGUGCCGUUGAAAAGUUCGACAUGUUAUUUCACAAGGGUGGCCCAAUGGUAGGACAGUCGCGAGGGUAUGCCUUUAUCACAUUUAAAAAAAAUGAAGGUGCCACAAAUGCACUUAUAAAACUAGAUGGAUCAAAUAUUGGUAGUCGUUCUAUAGCUGUUCGUCUUGCUAAGAACAUAAAAUAUGAUGAUCUACAAAGGCCCAAGCCUCGACUUGAAAUACCCGCGCUGGGCCGAGGCAAGCGCGAAGAUAAAAUUAGCAAGUCGGACGCAAUUCGUGCCAUAGAAGCCAAACUUAGGACUCUAGAGCGACAGACAGAUAACAAUUUGGAACUCAACAUCGCACGAGAGGAAAAUAUUCCCUUUAUCUACCGUUACCAAUUCAACAAAAGUCGUGAUGACACACCACAUACUAGACCACACGGCAAAUAUAAUAAACCUAAGCCAUCGGCAUCAUAUCUGCGUCAACUUCCCAACCGACGCUAGCAUGGAACUACAU